UAUUUUCGACCAAUACAUUCAGUUGAUAUUGUGUAGGGGGCGGUAGUUAUACAUUCCCGGUUAUUGAACCGCUACAUUCAACAGUGGCGGCGGCUUCCAAACUGUCAGGUAUUGAAGAGGUGUAACGUUACUCUUUCAUUUCAAAGACACGAUUUGACUUCAUUGGAUAUUAUUUUUAUUUAUUUUUAUUUUAAGAAAUAUAAUGCUCUCCAAGGUGUAGGAAUUUGGAUCCGUUUUCGAGGACAUCACCACAGGUCUGUGGACAUUGCGACCAAAGCAGAGAGAUGGAGGCGGGCUCAGUGGUGCAGGAGGACAUUACUUUCCGAGGAGUGGAGUUUGCUGUGAAGAUAGAACUAGAAGAAGGAUUGCUAAUAGUCGAGAUCUCUGAUGCAAUGACAGCUGAUCAGUGGAGGGGAGGGUUUGACCCAGCCUACAUUGAAGACCUAACUCGCAAAACGGGCAACUUCAAGCAGUUUCCCAUCUUCUGCAGCAUGUUGGAAUCUGCUGUUAGUAAGACUAGUGAGUCUGUUACCCUUGACCUCUUGACCUAUGCUGACCUGGAGCUCUUGAGGAACCGGAAGGCUGGAGUUGUUGGUCGUCCCCGAGCCCAACAGCAAUCUCCUAACCUCAGUGCCAAAAGAUACCUCAUCCUUAUCUACACCGUAGAAUUUGACAGGAUCCACUACCCCCUGCCCCUACCCUACCAUGGCAAGCCUGACCCUGCCACCCUGCAGAAGGAGAUCAGAGCCCUGAAGACUGAGCUAAACGCCCUGGCCAACCAUGCAGGUCCCAAACCAGCAGAGCCAGAGAUACGCCGGCUACGGGCAGAACUCACCUUGGUGAGAGAGGAGAAGGAGGCCCUGGCCAAGGCUCUGGAGCGUCUGCAGAUAGUGGGGGCUGGUUCCACCCCAGGAGGAGGGGCUCGGGGGCUGAGAGAGGUGGUCAGGAGUUUAGAGGACCAGCUCCUCAGAGAGAGGGCCAAAAGUCAGCGCUCAGCCAGCAAGAGGGGCCAGGAGCAGCGCCUCCUACUGGAGCAGUUGGAGGAGCUAAGGGCAUCGGAGCGAGCUCUACGGAUUCGCGUUAAGAGUUUGACCAAUGAACUGGCGUUGCUAAGACGAGGGUUAGUCAAUCUAAGCAUUAGGGUGACCAGUAGGGUGACCCCUGCCCUCUCUGGGUGCAGUGCCUUGCGGGGUGAUGGGGAGAUCAGGCGUUCACUGUCCCGGGAACGUAGUUUAGGACGUGUUGUGGUUAGGGCUCGCUCAGGGUCCAGGGAGAGGACAGAAGAGAGGGGUCGAAGGUCAGAAGGCCAGAGGGCAGACUCCUCAGGGCCCCGCUCACAUGUCUCCAGACCCUCACCUUCUCCCACAGGUUCGCGGACGCCACGCUUUGACCCCACUGCAUAUAUCCAGGACAGACAGCGCCGACUGAGAGAGGCGGAGCUCAAAAACCAGAGGAUGGUCCGAAGGGAAAUGUUAGCGUCGCCUGUUCUGGAGAGGGGGCGGUCUCGGUCCAGGGAGGCUUAUUCCCAGAUGACCAGGGCAGGCAGUGGGAGCAGAGGGAGGAGCUUAUCAAUAGAGAGUAGGAGGAGCAGACAGUCCUCUGAGAAUUCAUUGGUGGCGUUGGAUGAGUUGAAAAUCAGAGGAAGGAAGCAGACCUACAAUGGUCCAACCAUGCCCAGAGGAAGACAUUUGACCAGGAAGACCCAUUGUAGCACUCCCACACACAGGAUACGAUCAGACAAAGAAGGCUCCAUAGAUGGGGCUGACUUGUCAGAGAUCGAUGCCCGGCUGCAGGCCCUACAGGACUACAUGAGGGACCUGGAUACGGGACACUAAAACCAUUAAUUCUGCACACUCAAAACUCUAGGCAGGAGAAAUUAGUUCAAAGAUUGUCCUGUGCUGCAAACUUAGACCAAGGACUACUACUAUUGGAGUCGACACUGUGACUAAACAAGACCACUGCACUACACUGUGAUAUUUUUGCACACAUUAUCAGCCGAUAGGCUUAUGCAAGUGCAAACAGAGAUAGAUGCACACACUGCUUAUUUUGUCGCCCUCUGGGAGACAGUGCCUGAUCUGUGGAUAAAGAUACCACUGUGAAGGCUGUUAAGCCACUGUUAGUGUAUUGAACUAGAACUGAGGAGUGACUGAUUUUAUACUACGGUUUUAUAACUUAUGCAUUGUGUCUGUUGACCGUAAUACCCCAUUUCCCCUUCUUUCUUUUUUACGAGUGAUUGAUGAAUGCAAAGAUUGUUGUGAUUUGAGAUGUUUUAGUCUGUAAAUAUAACUUUCUUUUAAACAUUUUAGGGGUGUUGCUUUUGGGGAGAAGUAUAAUUAAAAUAUAUAUAUAUAUAUAUAUAUAUAAAUGAAAUGUUGUUUCUCAUUUCAUGUCUUCAACAUAUUUUAUUGAACAAAUGCCCACUCAUGUUCUAUUAUCAUUACUUCCUGUCUAGCCAUGUGUUAUGACUUGAUGAUGGGGGUAAUGCCAUGUCUGUUCAAGUGUUUUGGCCCAUUGGAUCAGAGUUAGAUUUUCACCAAGUGCUGUAUAAUGAUUUAUUGCUUUGUUUUUGUGCCAUUAGUUUUCUAAUAUGUGUUUAGCUCAAGACAUAUCUUCUCUAGUAAUCAUCACUGCAGCAGCUUUGUCUCUCAGUAAUGUGAUGUGAGUGAGUGCACCAAGUGCACUGUGUCCUCCCCCUCUGCAGUACAGUUAGUGUUGGUUGGGUGGGCUGAAAGUUCCUCCCUAGGGCUUUACUCAAAGGGCAGCUGCCACUACAGCUGGCUGAGUCUCAUUAAUUAAUAGCUAACCUUCCCGGCCUGGACCCUUCCUCUCCUGGGUGAGCAACUGGGCUGCAGGAACAGCUGCUUCCAUCAGCACUACUGUAGGAGGAUGAGAAUAGUGGAGGGAGCUGACAGGCUUUUUGUGCUGGAGGGGAGUUUUGGUUUUUAGAUUUUACCUCCGCUGCUAAUAAAAUGUAAGAUGCUUUCCACUUAACUAAAACACCAUCUAUCAGAAUUAAGGCCAAGCACCACAGGCUUUUUUGCAUCUACAGUACCUAUACAUUUUUAGAUUUGUUGGUAUUUUGUUACAUUAAUAUUAGUAUUUUCAAAAUGUAAACAUCAAAGCCCAUUUCAUAGAGAAUGUUACAAACUGGACUACAUUUAGUAACUUACUUUGAAGAAAUGGUGAUUGGGUCUAAAUAGGCUUUUGGUAGUCAUAAUUCAGUGUACUUGUCUUUAACUGCCAUUUCCCGAAAGUCAGACUCUUCCCACAUGCCAACACAUUUUUCUCAGCUUCAGAAGCAUCUGCAUUCACCAAAUGUAUAUGGGGAAAAAAUGUUUUUAUCCACAAUCUGCUCUGGACAAAUCCUGUCCUGGAGUGUCGAAACUAAAAUAGUUAGGCUGACUUCAUCCAGUGUACAGAAAAAUACAUUUGUGUUGUGUGCAAAUAUGCGCAUAUUUAAUGAGAGCGCCAUAUUUGAAUAUUUUAA